UUUUUUUUUUUUUUUUUUGAAUACUGUUGACUCUCUUGUACUACUGUAUCUGUUGAUCGGUUGUUGCCCCGUUGAUUCAUCCCGGUUGGGUUCUGGAUGCCCACGUAAACAAUAGCAUUGCACGACUUUCGCUUUACGCAGUUACGAGCGACGACCCAUCAUCAUCUUAGCGAAGAAAGAAUUGAUAAGAAACAUUUAUCGCGAUAUCGCCUUUCAUCUGUUCGAAUUCGAAUCGAAUACCCGUCAGCCCCGCGAGUCAGACAGCCGCGACCUCGACCGUCAGCACCGCUACCCGAACCACCCAAACACUUCUGAACCUCGUUUUCGCACUCAAGUUCAGUCACGAUGAAGCUCGCACGACCUUCCGUCAAUCCCGGACGGAUGAAGAACAUCAUCCACGGUUGCCAGGGCCUCCUCAUCUUCCUCGCAUGGGCUUUGACCAUCGCCGUCUGGACAAAGGGCGAUGGAAUCGAUGGACGGACAGCUUGGUAUUGGGCUUUGUGCUGGUUUAGUAUCCCCGGUUUGAUCUAUCUUGUCGCUGUCCCGAUAUGGCCGCGGGCCCGGAGGUUCGGAAACGUUUAUGCCUUUGCGAGUGUUGAUAUGUUGUAUGCUGUGCUGUGGUUUGCGGCGUGGAUUUGUGUUGCGUCGUAUGUUGCCCAGGGAAAGUCUGAGGGCAAGGAUAGCGAUUCGGAUAAGGACAGCAAGAGCAAUAAACGGGCUAGUGAUAGCGACAGCAGCAAGGGAGGAUGCGAUAACUGGAAGUAUGGCAGUGCAGCCAAGUGCAAGAUUAGUACGGCGACGGUGGUUUUUGGUGUGGUUAUUUUCCUCCUCUUCAUUGCCACGGCUUUCAUGUCCUUCCGCAACGUCGUGCACUUCCGUCGCACUGGUACCCUCCCCGACGCAGUUUCCGACCCCAGCUUUGCCGCGCACUCCAAGGCCGCUUUCUCCUCAACUCCCGUCCAGGACUUCGACGAGGAAGAAAAUGAAUUCCGCUCUGGCCGCGGUAACAUGACUUCCUCCGCACGCAGCGACCGCGACGAAGACUACGCCCUCCUCGAACAAAGCGAAGUCGAUGAUCUGGGCCACCAUCCCGGCCGUUCCGCGCUAUCCGGCGGGUACGAUCCCACUGCGUCUACUAUGACGGGUGGAAGCAGCGUUCUGCAUGAUUACAGCACGACUGGCUACGGCGGUGCAUAUGGGCAGCACUAUGGGCCACCAUCGGAGUAUCCAGCGACAGAGUAUCCGGCCACAGAGUAUCCGGCUACGGAGUAUCCGGCGACUGAUUAUGGAUCGAGUUUGAAUGGUCAUGGUCAUCUUGAGCAUGAGAGGUUGUCUGAUUGUCCAUCAAAGAACAACAUCUCUAAUACUAUACCAACCAACAAACAACCAACCAUCACGAUGAGUGCAAUCGACCUCUUCACCCAAUACCCCCUCCGCCUCGACCCCUCCAGCAAAGCAAUCACCCACCCAUCCCCCUCCAGCCAACAACUCGACUCGGAACUCCAAACCCUCAACGCCCUCCAUCGCUCCCUCCUCUCCCUCGACCCCCCCAACAUCCCUCCCGCCCCAUUACCCAUAAACCCCAAACGCAGCGCCCAAAUCACGAAACUCCGCGACACCGCCAACACCGCCUAUCGCAAGAACAACCAUGCCGAAGCCGUGAAACUCUACACGUUGACAAUCGACAUGGCACUCUCGAGACCCGGGUGGGAACCUGUUGCGCUGGCUAGGGAGGAACUUGCAGGGCUGUAUGCGAAUCGCGCGCAGGCGUAUAUGGGGUUGUCGGCUUGGUGUGAAGGGUUGGUGGAUGCGCGGUGUAGUGUUGAGUGUAAGGGCUUGGGGAAUGUGAAGGGGUGGUGGAGGGUUGGGAAGUGUCUUGAGGAGAUGGGACGGUGGGAGGAGGCGAAGGGUGUGCUGGAGAAGGGGUUGGAUAUUGAGGGGAGGGAGGGGGAGGGGGGGAAGGAGUUGUUGGGGUUGAUGGAGGAGGUUGAGGAGGGGUUGAAGAGGUCGAGUUGAUUGUGAUUGACUGUGAUCGGGGAGUCUUGAUGUUCUGGCUUGUUUUGUGGGCUGGUUAUAUGGUAUAGUAUAAUGUUUCGGGUUGA